AUUGGCUUAAAGGAGACAGGUUCAGGCAUGUCGAUGGCCUUUGUUGGGGCUGACAGGUGUCCAAGCAAAACACAGCGGGGAAGCCCGUGGACACGUUGCAUAUUGUUGCAUUCAGUUCUCAUCAGCCCGGGUUUUGGCGUUCUCGUUUUGGCUCCAAGUUGCUCGGCUUUUCCUUUCCCCAAAAAUAGCCGAAGUUCAUGCAUGCUUUUCUGGAAUUUUUCCUUCGGGACACAAUAAGAAAAGAUUGUAUGAAUCGCGAUCUGUCAAGUCAUUUCCUUUCCAGAUUCCUGUGGAAACAAGAUCUACUAUGCCUGAAUAUUUCCUGACCUUAAUCGCUUUUGAUUUCUUGACGGAGCCCAUCAGGAUGUCAUCAAGCCAAACCCCUAGAAACAUCCUGGGCAGCGCCGUGCGCGUCAAAUUUUACGAUCCCCAUUUCCAGCUUGUUAUGUCCACAGGCAGCGUAAUGGGUGAAGGGAUGCUAGAGCCAGUGCAAGUGUUAUCAAUAGCGGAUCGCAAUGUGAUUACCAUCAAUCGGGAUGGAUAUCGUCCGAAGCGAUUCCUGGUUCGCAUUCGAACCGAGACACAUGAAGCAUCUCCAGGAUCCAAACCGUUUGGGUUCAGGUGCAAUUAUUUCAUGCCGACGUCUAAUGGUUCUUUUUACACAACCAAGUCCGCGAUUGACGGCGCUAUCCAAAAUACAAUGCUCCGUGCGAGUGCAAACGCCCUCGGAACAAACAUGGAACACGAAAGAGAGGUAGAGCGCCGUUUACGUGAGCAAGUUGUCCACCCCGUUCUGCUUAAGAUUGGGGAGCGCAAAGCAGAUUACUUCUACACUUAUUGGCUGUAUGAUGAGGGCAGCAUCAUGACUUUGCAAAUGGCUCAUGGGACGCAACAGCUGACCGGUAAACCAUAUACGCUCCAAAAAACCAAGGCCCUCAUUAUCAAGUUAAUCGGAGUACUUACCGCCAUUCAUUCCGCCGGACUUCAACAUAUAAACCUAUCACCGCGCAACAUUGUCCUGAUGUCUGGAACCCAGAAUCCUAGGCUCUUGGAGGUCAGCGGACUCACCGAAUUCGAAACUGAAGAGCAUGAUAGAUGGCAGCUAGCCUUGUUGAUAUCUAUGAUGCUUACGGAUAACAUGGGAACCGAUAUGGAGCUUGAAUCGGACGAAUUGCAAGCUCAAAUCGGUUCCUUUUCUGUUCAACUGGCGAAUGACGACCCACUCGCCGCUGAUUUCAUCACUCAUCUGGCUCUCCAUGACCACUCGGAUCGACGCUUGUCCUUGUCGGAGGCAUCCAGUCAUGCAUGGUGGAGCGAGGCUGGGCGAGGGUCUGCUUGAUGUACGUUGGGGGCUCAGAGCACUGCAGCCCCUGUUGCU